GCGCCAUCUUGGUUGCUUAUUAGGCGGUGGUGAGGCGUGUUAGAGACAUGCGUCUGCCUGUGGGUGUACUGUCCGGCCACGGGAUUUAGGAUUAGCUCUAUAGGACCAACGUGAAGGCACAUCGUGCGGCGGAGGGUCGAAGCCCACGGAUUUCCAUGAGCUCGGCCUGGCUUCCUUCUUGGGAUUGUUCCUUUCUCGGAGAGAAUUGUAUAAAAGAGGGAGAAAUAACCCCACAUCUCUUGACACUAGAGCUCCAGGUCCCCCGACCAUGGGAAGCAGUCACGCUCUGGACAGUAAAGGUGAAGACAGCAACUUGUCAGAGCUUGGAGAGUCUCUAGAAUGAAGAAGGCCUGGAUCUUCUGUGUCUCCAGCUUAAGAAGACCAGAGAAUAAACACAAUUGCUGCUGCUCUCAGAAAACCUAGCAGAAAAGACCAUGGAGACUUUGACCUCAAGGCGUGAGAAAAGAGCUCUUCAUUCUCAAGCCUCAGCCCUUUCCCAAGAUAGGGAGGACAAGACCAUGUUUCAGGAGCCAUUAAGCUUCAAGGACGUGGCUGUGGUCUUCACUGAGGAGGAGCUGGGGCUGCUGGACUCUUCCCAGAGACAGCUGUACCGAGAUGUGAUGCUGGAGAAUUUCAGGAACCUGCUCUCAGUGGGAGACAAGAAUGAAAGGGAUAUGGAGUAUAUUCAAGAUGAAGAAUUAAGGUUAUUUUCACACAAAGAGCUCUUCUGCAAAAUUUGGGAAGAGGUGGUGGGUGAAUUACCUGGGAGUCAAGACUGUAGAGUAAAUCUGCAAGGAAAAGACUUCCAGUUCUCGGGAGAUGCUGCUUCCCAUCAAGCGUGGGAAGGAGCAUCUACGCAGUUUUUUCCAAUUGAGAAUUUCCUAGACGGUCUACAAGGGUAUGGGCUUACCAGUUUAGAAAAUCAACAGUUUCCAGCCUGGAGAGCUAUAAGGCCGAUCCCCAUUCAAGGAUCUUGGGCAAAAGCAUUUGUGAACCAGUCAGGGGAGGUUCAAGAAAGAUAUGAAAAUCUCAACACAGAAGACACUGUAUAUAAAUGUAAUUGGGAUGGUUACAGCUUUUGCUGGAUAUCUGGUCAUGUUGAGCACAGAUUCCCUGAAAUAGACAAGCGAUGUGGUUGCAAUAAAUGUAGAAAAGACUGCAUUAAAAACUCUGUACUUCAUCACAAUAACCUUGGAGAGAAUGGCUUGAAAAGUAACGAAUAUGGAAAUGGCUUCAGGGACAAUUCAGACCUUCCCCCCCAUCCAAGGGUACCUUUGAAAGAGAAAGGUAAGGGCUUGAGGCAGAGUGCCUUUCUUAACAGACAUCAAAGAAUUCCCACAGGAGAGAAAUCUGUGGAGAGUCUUGAGCGUGGUCGGGGUGUCAGACAGAACACGCACAUACACAACCACACCAGAGCCCCUGUGGGAGACAUGCCCUAUAGAUGUGAUGUCUGUGGAAAGGGGUUCAGGUAUGAAUCGGUUCUUCUUACUCAUCAAGGAGUGCACACAGGAAGGAAACCUUAUAAAUGUGAGGAGUGUGGGAAGGCGUUUGGUCGAAGUUCAAACCUGCUUGUCCAUCAGAGGGUCCACACUGGAGAGAAACCGUAUAAAUGCAGCGAGUGUGGGAAGGGCUUCAGUUACAGCUCAGUGCUUCAGGUCCAUCAAAGGCUGCACACAGGGGUGAAGCCCUACAUCUGCAGCGAGUGUGGCAAAGGCUUCUGCGUCAAGUCUGCACUGCACAGUCACCGGCACGUUCACUCUGGAGAAAAGCCCUACACCUGUGUCAAGUGUGGAAAGGGAUUCAGCUACAGCUCCUGCCUCAGCAGUCAUCAGAAGACGCACACUGGUGAGCGGCCCUACCAGUGUGACAAGUGUGGCAAAAGUUUCAGUCACAACUCGUACUGUGUAGCUCACCAGAGAGUUCACAUGGGGCAGCAUCUGUACGAAUGCAAUGUGUGUGGUAAGAGUUUCAUUUACAGCUCAAGGCUUCUCACGCAUCAGAGACUGCACACGGGAGAGAAACCCUACAAAUGCGAAUGCGGGAAGAGCUUUAGCCAGAGCUGCUACCUCCGCAUGCAUCAGAGGGUCCACACAGGAGAGAAACCCUAUAAAUGCGAUGAGUGCGGGAAGGGCUUCCGGCGGAAUUACGACCUUCACAACCACCAGAGGGUCCACACGGGAGAGAGGCCCUACAUAUGUGAUGUAUGUGGGAAGGGUUUCAUCCACAGCACUGACCUCCUUACCCAUCAGAGGGUCCACACUGGAGAGAAGCCCUAUAGAUGUGCUGAGUGUGGCAAAGGCUUCAGUUACAGCGCAGGGCUUCUCAUUCACCAGAGAGUCCACACUGGUGAGAAACCUUUCAGAUGCCAAGAGUGUGGAAAGGGCUUUAGGUGCACGUCAAGCCUUCACAAACAUCAGCAAGUCCACACGGGAAAAAAGCCCUAUAUGUGUGAUCAGUGUGGCAAGGGAUUCGGUUAUGGCUCUAGUCUUCGUACUCACCAGAGGUUGCACACAGGAGAGAAACCCUACACUUGCUAUGAAUGUGGGAAGGGUUUCAGAUACGGCUCAGGUCUCUUUAGUCACAAGAGAGUUCACACUGGUGAAAAGCCGUACAGAUGUCACGUGUGUGGGAAGGCCUAUAGUCAGCGCUCACAUCUUAAAGGUCAUCAGAGGGUCCACACUGGUGAGAAACCCUAUAAAUGUGAGGAGUGUGGGAAGAGCUUUGGCCGCAGCUCCUGUCUUCGUGUUCAUCAGAGAGUCCACACUAGAGAGAAGCCCUAUAUAUGUGGUGUGUGUGGGAAAGCCUUCGGUUACAGCUCAGGGCUGCAGAACCACCAGAGAGUACAUUUAGGUGAGAACCCUUAUAAGUAGAUGUACAUAGAGGAUUCCAUCUGGGACCUGGGGCUUUCUGUCCAUCUGGGAGCCAACACAGGAGAAAAACCAUAGGAAAGUGACAUGUAGGAGGGCUAUAGGAGAAACCGAUGAUUUUACAUUUAUCUUGUAGUCUACAUAGGAAGGGAAGACCUGGAAGUGUGAUAAAUAGGUAAGCACUUUCACUUACAAACUUCAGUCUUUAAGAGUCUGUCGUGCAGCAGAGCAGGCUUUAAAGAAACAAUGCAGCAGUGGUUUCAGUAAAAAUCCUCACUUUCAUCAGAAUCUGCCUGGGAGGGAGCUUUUACAAUGUACAAGUGGUGAGAAUGUAUCCAAGGUGUCAAUUAUGGACAGAUUCUUUGUGUGGAUUGUGUAGCUAUCAAUGGGACAGUGUAGGAACAAGUUUUCACCUUCCUAAAACCAGUAUGGUACAUACCUUAUGAAGAUCACUUUAUAAAAACAAAAAGGUAACAUUAACAUUUAUUGAAACAAGUCACUCUGAGAAGACCAGGAAAAGAGUCCUCUUAGUAGAUCUGGGUCAUGUGUGUGUCUCACAUUUUUAUUGUUUUUGUGACUGUAUUUUAUCUCGUAGGUAAGCUUUACAGCUCUCAGAGGAGUUGUAGUAAACUGCAGAAAUAGUUUAUUUUCUAGGUUUAAAAAACAAAAUCUGAUUGGCAUUGCAUUGAGUUAUUAAUUACAUUUAUUUAUUGGCA